AUGCCGAUAGAAUCACAGUUACCACCAAUAGAUAUUCCGGAGAUACCAUUUCACCAAAUGAUUCUGAACGAAUUUAGCAACUACAGAUCCGAGGUGGCAGUGAUAAAUUAUGAUACCGGUGAAUCAGUGACAUACGGUGAAAUUAUUGAUAAUGCUUAUUAUAUUGCCAAAUCGUUGGUUGCAUUAGGAGCUGUUAUACUCUGUGUAGAUAUGUCACCAGAAUUUGUAUGGCUUUUUUUGGGUAUAUCAAUCGCUGGAGCUGUUGUCUGUUGUCUGUCACCAGAUUUUUCAAAAGACGAAAUGCGAUUUCAAAUAACCGAUUCAGCAGCACGUUUUGCAUUUGUAACACCGAAUGCAAUACAGAAUUUAGCAGCUGUAUUCUGUGAAUUAGAAUAUGUUCAUAGGAUUAUAUGUGUUGGUAAACGUGAAGAAUCAUUUGGAUAUCCGAUAAUCAAAGAUUUAGCCCUAAGUGCUGCGUCAUCGUCAAGUGGUUUUCCAGAAAUAGAUCCAGAAAAUGAUUUAGUAAUGUUACCAUAUUCUUGUGGAACAAGUGGACCCCGAAAAGGAGUGGCAAUCUUUCAUUAUAUACUAAAUGGAAUGAUAAAAAUAUUCAACAACAGAGAUGCUUACGAUCUUCCUGAACGAGGUGAUUUUGUUGCUAUUAAAGUCUGUGUGCACGACGCCUUCGGAAGAGACUCUCUAUUCAGUUCUUUGCUUAAUGGAGCCACUGUAGUUUGCACAGCAAAGUCUGAAGAUAUUUUUGCCAAAUGCAUAGAACAGCAUAAGGUGCGAAUAUGUUUCUUAAGUCCGCUAAUUCUCAAAAGACUAUGCGUACUUGAAAUCGUAGAAAAAACAUGCUUGUCCAGCUUAGAAGUGGUUGUCAUUGGGACCGCGAAAGCUCAUGAAAGUACGAUGAAAAUGGCGUUCAAACUACUUCCGUCUGUUAAAAAGUACAGUGCAGUUUAUGGAAUGACAGAAGUGGGUUCUAUCAGUCGUACCAAAAGGAACACAACGUUCAACAAUUUAUCAUGCGGUGCACUGUGUGCUGGGCUUAGUUUGAAGGUAGUGAAUUUACUGAACGGUAAAGAACUUCCUGAGUACAGCCAGGGAUUAAUUUUGAUUAGUGGAAAGACAGUUCUUUCGCCCUACUGGAACAACGAAAAAGCAACCGCUGAGGAUUUUAAUAAUUUAGGUGAUAUUGGAUAUUACGAUAAAAAAGGCAACAUAUUCCUCGUUGACCGCUUAAAACAUGUGAUUAUUGUUGACGGAAAUCAGGUGACCCCACAAGAACUAGAAGGAAUCUUUUUGUCAAAUCCAAAAGUAGCUGAAGCAGCAGUAGUUUCAGUUCAUGAUCAACAUUUCUUAGAGUUUCCAAUUGCGUUUGUGGUGUUGAAACCAAAAACUGUUGCUACGCAAGACGAACUUUUAAAAUAUGUAAAUGAUCGUGUUGUAUCUUUUAAAAGAAUCUCCAAGGUGAUAUUUACUUUAACAUUGCCUCGAUCAGCAAGCGGUAAAAUUUUACGACGAAUGCUCAGGGAAACAGCUGCACAUUACGUUUAG